UAGUUUCAGAUCCGUUUUAAAUUUUUUUAACAAAAUCCACUCACUAAACUCUUUAUAUCUUAGUGAAGCGCCUGUAAAUAAUAUUACACAAUUACUUUUAUCUAACAAACGAUUCUUUACUUUGGCAAAAAUUUUUGUUCUGGUAAUAUUGCAGAUGAUUCAAAAUGGCAGACAUUUUCUGUCAAUAACACAAGGACUGAAUUGUUUCAUCCUCAAAAUAAAGCAAUAAAUCACAUAUAUUCAUUGUUACAUUAAAUUAUUCACAAUGUACCUGAAAUUUAUAAUAUUAGUGUUUUUUGCUACGAGUAUAUUAUUUGUGUCGGCAACAUAUGAAGACAAGAGAUGCAAGUGUGUGUGCCCUAGCUUAGCUGCCGUGUUCAACAAUACUUCUGACACCAGCCGCAGCCCAUUCAUUGGUAAUGUUCCACCUAACAAAUGCAACUGUGAGGGUUUGGUCCUGCCUCGCAUAGUCGAUCAGCUGAAUGGACGCGAGCAAGAAUUCUGUCCCCGCUGCGAGUGUAAAUAUGAAAACCGCAACACUACCAUAAUCAAGGUUGUAGUGAUCAUUGUGAUUUGGGUGAUUAUGCUGCUGGUGGUGUACAUGGGCUUCCUGAUCUGCCUGGACCCACUCAUCAACAAGAGAGCCAAGGCCUCGUACCAGGAACAUACCAAUGAAGAUGAUGAAAGCACCAUCAGCGGCCCCUCGCAGCAAAUGGGCCCUCGCGGCAACGUGCUCAACCGCGUCACCCACCAGCAGGACAAGUGGAAGCGCCAGGUCCGCGAGCAACGCCGCAACAUCUACGAUAGACACACCAUGCUCAACUAGCUGGCCGACCAGCCCAGCAACUUGCCGCAGUAGCAGGGAGCAUCCACAGAGGAGCAGGGGCAGUAGAUUAUUUUCACGUUGGCACGGGCACAACGAGACAGUGGCAUGUUGCAGGAACUAUUCUAAAUACAUAAUGUGCCCCAUAGUAACAUGUUAAUAUGAUGCAAUUUUCUUUGUAGUGGAUAUGUGUAAAUUGCACGAGUCUUAUCAGAAACGUACAUAGGACCAUUAAGGCGAUCGUUUCAAAUAUCGACUCUAAAAAGUUAUUUGUACUCUGUUCUGGCUGCUAUUCUAUAUAUUAUGGAGAAAACUUCUCAUCUUGGUGCGGAUAAUUCCAGUUUGAGUCAACUGAUCUACAACCAGUAGGACGGGCCUUUAGAAAUUAUAAUUACAUUAUAACCACAAGGCCUUUGUGAUCCAAUUGUCGUGCCAGGGGAAAGCUAUAGGGCAUAUUCGUCAUUCAAGGGAUGCGUCUAGUAUCAAAUAGGACAACAAAAACAUCCUGCACCAACUUCACUGUCUCGUCAAUUAGAAUAUUCGCAAAUAAACGUAGUCAUAAUAAUUUGAAGGUGAGCCCAUUCAGAAUUUUUUCGAUAUAUUGUAUUGCGAAAUCGUAUUUAUAUAUAUUGAAGAUUAUUUAUUACUUUUUAGUGUUAGGUGUUUGUAGCUUUUAUUUGCACCUCCAUUUAUCUACAAGUGACAAGAGUAUUUUAUGAAAUACAGUUUAAUUGGCUGCUAGAGUAGUGUUAGAUGUGUAAUGAAGGAAAAUUAGGGUGUAUCGCGUUCCGAGAUCAGCCUGUGUGUAUCCGGUUCCAACAGGCCGGCGUAAUUGUCAACUGUCGAGUAAUCAUCUCUCAUCAGCCGCCAUCCUAUUGGACCCCACUUCACUUACCAUCAGCUGCAGUGAGAUGAUACUGCUGUGCACGUAAAAAAAAAAAUCACGUGUCGGACUAAUGGAGUACCAAUAAAUUCAAUUAUUUCACGAAAAUGCUCUCCAUACGUUCGCAUUGAUAUGAAUAUAUGCGUCGUUUCGCUUAUGUGUUGCUCGUUGUAGUUUACAGUGCUGUGAGCUAUGUAUUACAUAAGGUCUAUACUGGCGCUUAUAAUUAGGCGUUUGUAUAAUGAGCGCUUGCGUCAAUGCUUAUGUAAUCGCUGUAAUGCUUAUGGGAUAUGUAAAAUUAGACGGGAAUUUUCGAAGUCACAUUUAAUGGCUGAUGACGAUUCGUAGAUAAAGCAUGGAAUGUAAGGCGGCUUCAUAUAAAUGGAGUGUAGUUUAUUGUACAAGUAUGUAACAUAGUUUAUUAUGUACAAAUCACUACCACGUUCAAAGCAGUGAUAUAUACUUAGCUAGACUGUGCACGGAACCUCAUAGAUGUUUUAGAUUUAAUGCGAUUUUACGCCUGUUGUUCUUUACGUAAGCUAGCGUUUCAUAGUAUAGCGAUGCCUCACUUAGCGGUCGCAAUACGAUGGACGUAAAAAAAUAUAUCUUAAGGUAUUUCCAAAUAUGAAGCGAAUCUGCGCACGCGCAUCGAUAAUUCAUUAUAUUUUAUAUGCUCUUUAACACCUUGACAUAGCUUUUGAUUAUGUGUCACUAUGAAAUUUAAAAAAGUAUAAGGUCCGUUCGUUAUAUUUGUACGCUCUAUGUCCUUACGUAUUAUGGUAUGCCAUCCUUUUUACUUGUCGAUCGAUAUCGCGGCCGUGAUAGUGCUUACAUACACUUAGUGAAUUAAAAGUUAUCAUAAAAUAUUUGAAAGAAUGUUUUCAAAAAAGGAUAUAUCAAGAUUAAGGCUUCCAAUCUCGCAACGUAUCUUCAUUCUCGGUGUGCGCAUUAAUCAAAAUUUUCAAUCCCGUGUAUUCCCGGUAUUUCCGGGAUCCCGUUUUCAGACAUUGCUAAAAUUUGUACAGACGUUAAAUACAGAAUACAAUAUAUCAGAAACAAUUUCAACGAACGAUGCAAAAAAAUUAAGAGCAUUCAGUUGAAAACAGUUGAGAGGAACACACAUGUCCAAUGUCAUGUCACAUCAGUCCCGCAAAUCCCUCGGGAUUACGCGCUGCUAUUCCUGCACCUGCUAACAGCGGCGAUAGCCUAGUUGAGUGUGGAACGGACUGCCAAGACGAAUGGCUGCAGGUUUAAAUCCCAAGGGCACACACCUCUCACUUUUCUAAAAAUGUGUGUAUUCUUUGUGAAUUUAUCGUUCGCUUUAACGGUGAAGGAAAACAUCGUGAGGAAACCUGCACAUCUGAGAAGUUCUCUAUAGGAAUUUGGAAGGUGUGUGAAGUCUAUCAAUCCGCACUAGGCCAGCGUGGUGGACUAAGGCCUAAUCCCUCUCAGUAGUAGAGGAGGCCCGUGCUCAGCAGUGGGCAAGUAUAUAAUACAGGGCUGAUAUUAUUAUUAUUAUAUUAUAAUCCUGCAUCUCGCGGCACUGGAAUACACGGGUGCCGGAAUACCGGAAUCUCCGUAUUGCCGGAUCGGAAGUCCUAAUCAGUAUAUCAAUAAACACUACAGGCGAUGACCAAUAAUUGAAUUAAUAAACGGUGUCAAAUAUGAAUGACAUUUAUGCUAAUAAUAAAAUGACCCGUAAAUGAUAAAAUGUUGACGAAUCGCGUGUUCAAUGAAUAAGUGUUUAUUACAUUAUAUAAAGUCGGUUAAUUCUUUAUUAGACGUUGUAGAUUCGCAAUAUAAAGGUAUAAUCUUAAAAUUAAGGCUAGCAAUUUCUAUUUCCAAUAUUCGUUUGUAAAUUUAGUAUAGUUUUGGGUGUGUUCACAUACAGAGUUCAAUAAUCAAUGUUUCUAAACGAAAUAGACUUAGUAGAGAAUAUAUUUUUUAAAUACUAUUUACGUUGAAACACAACGAACUUUCUAAAUAAACUAAGGUAAUUUGUGUUUUUGCCGGUGAAUGUCACCUACAAGUAUUAAUUAAUCAUUUUCAAUCUAGCAUUGUCACAAAACAUAUCUGAUUGAAAAGCUUUGAAUUCUACAAUCACUUAAGAUAUACACACAUUUUACAAUAUACAUGCUUAAAUAUAAACAAUGAUCUUCCAAAUAAAUUCUAAAACUGCAAUUUUGUUCAAUAUAUUAAAUAUCUACAACUACAAUAAGCCUUAUAAUCAUAGUUAUAACAUUCUUAUGUAUAAUGCAGCCACCGGACAAUUUUAGAAUAUUAAAAAAUAUAUCCAUGCCUCCUAAGUAAACUAUUUUAUCUGAAAAUGCUAUUUUCACUGUAAUAUGCACCUUUCAGCUUUCUCUAUUUACGAACUCAUUUCCAAACCCAUUAAAAAGUUAAUAAAUGAAGAUUUUUUUGGUUUGGUAGUAAACAAUACAUAGAUAACGAAACGUUAAGAAGUGAAAAUCCCCUUUUUUUAGAUACAAUAGAUUACUUAGGGGCUAUCGAAAUAUAUCCAUGGCACCUAAAACUAUCAUAUCUGAAAAAAAAUAGGGAAAAAAGUUAAUAAAUAAAGAUUUUUUUAAUGAGUUGGGUAUAACCGUUCCAUUCAACCCCAUGUGAUGGUAGCGGUAACGCGUAUUCACCACUCAAAAAGUACUUAGAAUAUUAAGAAAGAGUUACAAUUUUAAAUCGCAAUUUUAUCAGAUACGAUACUUUACUUGGGUGCCACCGACAGGCGGACUCGUCGGAUACCUUUUUAGAAUCCAGUUGUAACGUUUUUAAUAUUGGUGCCAGAAUUAUUAAUAUAAAAAUAUUCUUAAAAUACAUAUUAGCAAAGACAUUAAACAACGUAGAUAGUUAUAGACCGGAUAACAUGACCAAAUUUGUGCUCCAAAAGUUAUUACCAAUUGGUAAUAUAUAUUUUUCUUAUUCGGAAUGUCCGUGUGAUAAGAUGUCACAGCGUUAUUAGAUAUAAAUACAAAAAUAACAUUGACAGGAAAUAUGCUGAAAUUCAAAACGUGCGCGAGGUGGAAAUAAUAUAAAAUGUCAUACAUUGGUGUUUCUCUAUUUCACGAUGGAUUAAGUAACCAUCGCGUGAAGUCUAAAUUUUUAGCAGCGCUAAAAUAGGUACGACGAUGCGUCAAGGGACUUUUAUUUAAAGAUAGUAUGAAUCCGGCGCUGAGUCCGCUCGCCGUGGUUGUUAAAGUCGCAAACAUCGCUUGCGAAAGUUAACUUCUAUAAGGUUUUUUGCUAAUGUUAGCCUCACUACAGAUAUUAAAUCAUCUCACAUAUUUAUACAGACUUUGACAAUUCGUGAAUUAUUUAUACAAGAUAAUAAGAAUUUGCAUGGCAGCAUUCAAUUUAGGAUUAGAAAAUAUAGUGAAGCUCUUAGGGGCAAGGACGGGUCGAAGGAUCACCACUUUUGACCCAAAAAAAGUAUGUUAUCAAAAAGUUUUAAUUUGGGGUCCAUUUUUCCCGCCACCCAGAGCCUCGUAUCGGUAAUACAGGUUAUGGAAAUCCAAAUAGAAGUAUUGGAACGUAAUAAAGGCGGAUGUCAGUAUUGUUGUUAAACUCGUCUCUAAACCGUUUCAAGCUAAAUGUGUUCAUCUCAAAGAGUUAUUGUGAUUGGUUGCGACCGAUCAAUAACUUACAGGCUUGCUAAUGAUUGAAUUGUAUCCUCUACAGUGCCUAUGCAGCUAUUUCUAAACAUAGAAUUAUUGUAUUUUUAUCUACAAUUCCAUUUAAUGUUUACAUUGUUCGAUAAUAUUUUAUUACAAAUAGCUUUUGCUCGCGUUUUGCUUGCCGCAUGCCGGAAAUAAAGAAUUCAUAGUCUAGUUUUACUAUAGCUUAGCUAAGCGAAAGAAUUUUCAGACUGCAAUCAGUUAUUCAGGAAAUUAUCUUCCACGUUCAAAUUUGUAUUAUUAUCGUAAUAGUAAAGAUUCACGAUGGCAUAAAAUAACAAGCCUUUUAUGUGCCUGAGGCAAAUAUUGUACCAUAUAUUCAAUGUUUUGAAGCUAAUUCUAUUAAUAUUGUCGCUGAAAAUAAUACAGCUGAAUAUUUUUAUAACACAUUAUAAUUUAGGACAGAUUAAUGACGCUUAUAUGACAGUAAUAAGUUGUUAUUAUUACGUUGGACAUGAUCAAAUUGAUUAUAAAUUAAAUAUGCAACUCGUAUACUGUAUGAUCAUUGGGUGCGAUUUUAUAGCUACAUUUGCGUCUAUGAGUGGCGAAAGGACAAGUAGUCUUUUAAAAAAUGCUUAAAAACGUCAAUUAUAUUAUAUUAGUCAUCAACACACCAAGUGUUGGCUUAAUUGUUAUGUAUAUUGUUUAACGUUCAUGAAUACGAUGUAAAAUGAAAAUCAGUCAAAUACUUUGUUAUGUGAACACACCUUUAUAUUUGCUUAGAUGUAUGGAGACGUAGUUUCAAAGCAAUAAAAAAAGGUUAAAAAAACAAUCGAGACUUACACCCGUAUUCACAAACAAUACUAUGAAGACGCACAGUACGCCUGAACGCGUAGUGUUAGCAAUAUCACAGUUUUCUUGGGCCUUGUUCAGCAUUAUUUGAAGCACCAAUCACAACGACCCUACGCCUGCGCACGCGAAGGCUGUCAUGUCGAAAACACUGACAAACAGAUUUAUUAUCAUAGCAUUGUUCCGUACUUAGGUAAGUAACGUUUGUGAAUUCGGACCUUACAACUGUAUGGCGAACAGACAACAGCAAUCGGUGUUGAGACAGAUCUGGUGGCGAAACGGUAGACAUUCGCUGGGGUUUGUUUAUAUAACGAUAAAUUAUCAGCGAGUGUUUACUCUUGUAUAAAUACGCAAAUGUUAACACGCUUACGCGCCUUUGAUGAAGUCGAUGUCAAUACACGACCCCAAUCUUCAGAUCAAUGAUAAACAUAAACUAAUCAAAAUAAAUCAUUUGCAAUCAUGUGAAAUGACGAUGACAGUUAUCGUAUUAAACACCUAAUGUAAAUACGAUAGUACUCAUUUUAUUCCCAUUUAUUUGGGAGCAUGCAUUAGUGUGUGUCUUGGGUAUUUUGACGGCAUAUACAUUUUUGCGACAAGUACACUUACAAGUUGUGAAACAGGCCAAACUCAUAAGCAAGCGUCACCUCCAAUAUUUAUCCUGAUUGGAUCUAAGAUCGUGCGAUAGAUUCGGCUACCGACCAUUUCAAUAACCUUAGAUCGAUAACCAAAAUGGACUUUUGUUUGACAUCCUUACAGAUAACUUAUUCUGAUUGGUUUAUUCUCAGGUUGGGUCCAAAGUUAUUGGGAUCGUUUAUUGAAAGCGGCCAUGUUACUAUAUCGUAUCUACCAUCAAACGUGGCGUCAAUUAUCUAGUAAAAAUAUCCGCAACAUCGCGUCUCACUUAGAACAUAAUAAAAUCAUAAGCAAUAAUCGAACAGUGGUGGCCUCUAAUUCAUUACUCACUGCGCCUAGCAUAAAAUAUAUUAUGAUGCUUAGAAUUUUUAAAGUAAUUCUAUUUACGUAGUUAUUGUAUUUAUAGUGCGUUUCUAAAUAAAAUAUUUUCCAAUGAUGUAAGGUUUCGUGUGUUAAUUGCUGUUACUGCCCAAUUGGGAAGUCUAUGGCAGGAAUGGCGAACCAUUGGCACGCGUGCCAGUGAUGUCACGAGACCAAAUAAUUUGGGCACGCCUAUAAUACCCUAAUUAAAAACUUUGUUGGGUCAUAAAUUGUCGCUAAAAAAGGGCACUAGGAUACAUAAGGCCGGCCUUGGAUAGCACGUUACCAGCACAUUAUUAUUAUUUUUUAAAUAAUGGCACGUUAACCAAUCAGGCGACGGUCCCGAAGAACAAAGUCUCAUCUGCAAAAUGCUGUAAUUGCAGUACGAAGGUUUUAAGUGAAAAUACAAAUAUUAAUUACUAAUUUCAAAACAAUUUAUUGUUAUCAAAAAUUAAUUUAAUAUGUAUUUUGAGGUGAGGUAAUUCAUAUUUAUAUUUUCACUACACUUAAAACCUUCAUACUGCAAAUAGGACAUUCUGCAGAUGAGAUUUUGUUCUUGGGGUCCGUCGAUAGGUUCGCCAUUCUGGCCUAAGAAAUAUGGGACUCCUACAUGAUGAACACGAGAACCAAGUAUACGGUAGCUAUAGGCAAGUGUAACAGUGCAUAAUUUUGCCCAGAACCGACAGCUAUUUCAGCCGUCACAAGGAUUUGUGACUGUUAAAGCAGAUAUUAAGACAUUAAUACCAGUAAAGAAACGUCAGAUUUGUUCCUCAUGUGUUCGUGGAAAACACUUAUUUAUAGUUUAUCGCUGUUUUUAUCUCGACAUUGUGAUAAGACUAAAGUGAAAACACAUGUUAUUUGGGUAGGGUUAUUUACGCGAAAACAGAACUUAUAAAUUUGGAAAAACUAUGACAAUAUAUUUUAGUUCUUACGGAAUUUAUUUAUUGCAAACUAAUCAAAAUUGUACGAUCGGUACUGACUUGUGCAAACAACAAUAACUUCCAAUCGAUCAUCUGCAGGCAGUUCAAAAUAUUAGGCGCGGAAAUACAUUUUAAUAUCCAUAAGAUAAUAUCGAUAAUGAUGAUAUUUCAUUAAACCAAUAACGUAUCUAUUUACAUGCGCAUCAUGCAUGAAAGGUUUUGUCAAAUUUGUCGCACCAUGCGAGCCUACUAGCCUACGCCUUGUUUUAUUUAGCAACGCACUUCUAUAUUCUAUAUAAAAUAUAACACGUUUCCAAGCAAUAGCGUAAUUUUAUUGUAGCCAAUUAUAUUAUUAAAGACCGCACGUAUUUCCUAUUUUGACUAAAUAUAUAUGUUAAUAUUUCUAUGACACAUUUAGAAAAUGGUUUUUAGCGCCGGAUCCAUAAUAUUUUGCGAAUGCACAUAAUAUAUGUCGUCGGUGAUAUUCUAACAGUGCGGAAGUCAAAAAGCAGAAAACACGUACAAGUGAGUUAAAGAAAACUAUAUGAAAAAAAGAUAAAUUCAGUGCUAAAUGCCGAAACAUAGGCUUUCAAACAUUUACGGGGCCUGGUGGCAGAUGUCUGCGAUCUUCAUCAAGUCUGCCUUUUAUCUGCAUCGCUUGAAGGAAUUAAAAGCCAAGACACACGAAUUACGUUCGUAAAUACAAAAAAAUCUAAUAAAAAAGUACGCACUGUCGGAACAUGAUGGAAGACAUAUAGUUAAGUAUAGGCUCGUUACACUAAAUAUUUAUCAGAUAUAUGGCACGUUAUAGAUUAAAUAUUUAUUACUCAUAAGGCACCAUUACAGCUAUUUUUGUAUAACCAUAUAACCCUCUCCACAUAUGCGAAUUUGCCAAAGCGGGCCGGCGUUAAUGUAUUUUUAGCAAACAGACAGCUAGACACUUUAAAUAUUGUAUUAUUAAGUUAAGCGAGUUUGAUGUAAAUAUUGAUUCAUUUAUUUAGUUUGGUAUGUAUGAAUAAAAUACUAUAAAAUUAA